AUGCCACGUGCCAAGGAACGCGAACCUAAGGGGGCGCUGUAUGAGGCCCACCUUGGCCUUAGCGGAGACAGCUUAGACAAGGAGAAGGACAUGGCGCGCCAAUUCAUCGAUGCUGUGCGCCGCAAGUCGCGCUACCGCCGCCUGGCGACCACCACGGGGAAACAUCUUGGCUCGGUUCCAGAGUCGGCGGCCGUUGGCGACUGGGUCGUCAUGGUGAACGGCUCGAGGUCGCUUUUUGUUGUGCGGCCUGAAGCUUGUGGAAACUUCUCUGUGGGCCGGCAUUUAAGCCACUUUGCGUCACAUCCGAGCCUCAACCAAAUUGAACCUUAA